UUUGGCGGUGCAGGAGUGAACGCUGAGUUUGGCGGGGGGGAGUGCCACGUCUGUCCACAGCUGUUUGACCCCCACGUGACCCCACCACACCCCCACCACACACCGGUACCACACCACCACACCUCCUCACCACCUGCCGCCACGACCUGACCCUGGGAAGCCGAGAUGAGGCGUGUGGUAGCCAGAGUGGUCAUUCCUGUGGUGCUUGUUGUGUGCAUUCUGUUCUGUCUGCCGGGAGUAUGUGGACACGGACACUCCCACGAGCACUCCCACGGGCACGGACACUCCCAUGGACACGGACAGGAGGAACCACCGGCCUAUAAAUGGAGCAAGCAAGCCAACACACCGUACCAGGACAGUGAACAAGAUGAAGUUACGGACACUCCUACCCCUAUACCUUCUAAGGACAGUGUAUGGGUGGAAGCGCUCGUGGCCACGCUAGGGAUCAGCAUAGCCCCGUAUCUCAUCCUCUUCUUCAUCCCUGUCAGUAAUGGAAAGGAACACGAGAAGAAGCUUAAAGUAUUCCUGGCAUUUACAUCUGGUGGUUUACUGGGAGAUGCAUUCCUUCACCUCAUUCCCCACGCUCUCAUGGCUAAGGCUGAUGGCUCGCACUCUCACUCACACUCUCACUCGCACUCUCACUCUGAAGGGGAAGGCCACGCUCACGAUAUGGGUAUUGGUUUGUCUGUUCUCGGGGGAAUAAUUGCAUUUUUAGUGGUUGAAAAGAUUGUGAGGAUUUUCAAGGUUGGGCAUUCUCACUCCCACUCACACUCUCACUCUGAUGCAAAUGGUGAGGCGAGUAAGGAUGAUAAAGGGAAGAAGGGAGAUAAGGAUGGUGACAAGAAGAAGGGGGAUAAGAAGAAAGGUGGUGGCAAGGCUGGGAACAAGAAGAGUGAGGGGCAGAUGAAAGUGGCAGGAUACCUCAACUUAGCAGCCGACUUCACGCACAACUUGACAGACGGCUUGGCUAUCGGCGCCUCCUUCCUGGCCGGCAAGAGUGUGGGAACUGUCACCACCCUCACCAUCUUCUUGCACGAGAUACCUCACGAGAUUGGCGACUUUGCUAUCUUGCUGCAGUCUGGGUGUAGUAGGAAGAAGGCGAUGAUGCUGCAACUGGUGACGGCUGUGGGUGCCUUCACUGGAACAUGUAUAUCCCUGCUGGCUGAAGGAGCAGAUGAAUCAGCAGUGGCGUGGGUACUUCCCUUCACAGCUGGCGGGUUCAUCUACAUCGCCACUGUGUCUGUCAUCCCUGAGCUGCUGGAGAACUCUGGGUUUUGGCAGUCGGUGGUGGAGGUGGUGGCCCUGCUAGCUGGUGUGAUGCUCAUGAUGGCCAUAGCUUACCUGGAGGAAACCACUGGCCAUGAACACUGAUUGGAGGUGCUGGGGUGUGUGUGAGGGUGUGUGGGUGAUGUGAAUGUAUGAGUGGGUGACUGACUGGCUGGCUGACUAGCUGACUACAUGAUUGAUUGAGUGACUGACUAGCUGACUGGGUUAAUGAUUAGGGGCUUGACUGAGUGACUGGUUGAAUGAUUGACUGGCUGACUGACUGAAUGCCUUGAUGGAUACGUGUCUCUAGGUAACUUGUUGAAUGAUUUACUGACUGGCUGGCUGGCUAGUUGAGUGACUGGGUAACUGGGUAUGUGGGUGACUAAAUGACCCUUGUGACUGGUGGAUGACUGGGUGACUGGUAUGGUUUGUUAACUGAGUAAUGGGGGAGUUAGACUGUAAAAGUGAAGGGUUGACUGACUGACUAAUUAACUUGUAUUGAGAGAGAGAGAGAGAGGCUGGUAUUCUUAAACCCUUCUGCACUUCACCUUCACUAUUUGAAAAGGCUUUAUCUAAAUUGACGGGAGUUUUUCAAGGUGUUUUUACAGUUUUAAAGGUAGAAUGACAAAAUUUCUACAUUAUUAACUGUAGAAACACUCUUGAAAACCCCGCUAAUCAUCUCUAUGGCCUUGGAAAAUAGUCGUGGUGUUAGAGCAAAUAGUUUAUGAAUAUGGACCAGAGAGAGAGAGAGAGAGAGAGAGAGUAAAUUCAUGAUAUUUUUUAGUUACAUUUUUUUUUGUGUUGAGUUUAUGAAUUACCUUAAAACUAAUUCACGUUUGUAAUAUUUUGUAGUUUUGCGUCAUUUCAGGGUAGUAAAAAUUAUAUCUAUUGUUAUUAUUAUUAUUAUUAUUAUUGUUAUUAUGUACAUUUUCAUUCAUUUGUCUCUAUUUUUCCAUCUUCCAUGUUUAUAUUUAUCUUUUAUCAUCAUAUUACUAUUAUUCUUAUUUUUAUCAUGUUUUUUUUUUUCAUUCCUCAAUUUAUAUUUUCUUAUUUUCAUCAAUUUUUCCAUCUAGUAACUUAUAUUUAUCUCAUUUUCUUGUUUUUUUUUGCUUUUAUUUGCUUGGUUCACUUCACUUUUCACCAGUAGAAGGGUUAGACAGGGUUGUGUUCACCGUGUGUGUGUCUGUAUGUCUGUGUGUGUGUGUGUGUCUGUGUGUGUGUGUGUGUGUGUGUGACUCAAGAUCUGCAGUGGGAAUUUUGGAAUAGUGUCGCCCGUUUUUUGUUGCACACUCGCUUGUUUUCUUGAUUCUGUUUUCUUUCACGUUCAGGCGAGAGAGAGAGAGAGAGAGAGAGAGUUGGUGAGGGGGUAAUAGAAAGAAUGGAGAGAAAAUAGAAAGAAUAAACAAAAGUAAUAGAAGAAAAGGAGGAAAAUAAAGGAGAGAGAGAAAAGAAGAAAAAGAGAGAAAAAAGAAAAAAAGGAAAAAACACUUCCUUCCUUUCCCUCUCCCUCUUUCUUUCUCUUUCUUUCCUUCUUUCUUUCUUUUGCUCAAAUUACAAAACACUAAUUGCAAGUUCACAUAAACACAUUUUUAUGAGGAAGUGUGUGUGUGUGUGUGUGUGUGUGUGUGUGUGUGUGUGUGUGUGUCAUUGUUAUAUGCACAGCACCUACUUAAAAUGUGUGUGUGUGUGUGUGUGUGUGUGUGUGUGUGUGCUUUUCAUGUACGUUUUUGGGAGGAAGGAGACUGGUGGAGAGAGAGAGAGAGAGAGAGAGAGAGAGAGAGAACAUCCAUUAGCUUUAAGAAAAUCUACUUAGUUGGAUGAUAAAUAGAUAAAAUUAAAUAUACAGAUAAAGAGAGAGAGAGAGAGAGAGAGAGAGAGAGAGAGAGAGAGAGAGAGAGAGAGAGAAUAACAAAUGGAGAGAAUAGAUAGAUAGAUAUGAAGAUAAUUAUUUUUGUAUUGUCUUUCUUUGUGUGUGUGUGUGUGUGUGUGUGUGUGUGUGUGUGUGUUCUGCCCUUCGUAAAACUAAUAUUAAAGAAAGAAAGAGAAAUCAAAGGAAACAGAUGAAGUUAACCAAUUGAGAGAAGGAAAGAAAAGUAGAAUGUGACUAAAAUUAUUAAACAAAUUAAAAAUAAAAAUGAAUAUAAUUAGAUAAAAAAACUGAAUUAAUUUUAAGAAACUGAUUUUUUUUAGUUUGAAAAAGUGUAUUAAUUUGUAUUUAAGAAUUAAUGAUUGAAAGAAAUGUAAGAAAAAUGGUGCUGAAUGUGUGAGAGAGAGAGAGAGAGAGAAUUUUCAAGCACAAUACUCAAAUGAUAACAAACAAGUAAACAAAAACAACAGCCAAAUAAAUAAUACAGGGACCAAACACAAAUUAAAAGAAAAAAAACAAACAAAAAGAAAACAAAAAACUAAGAAAUAUUAAAAAAAACAAGUUUAUCUUUUUAUUUUCCUUGCUUUCCUGUUUUAUUUAUUUUUUUUUUUUUCCUUGUUUUGCAUUACCUUGAAAAAUAAAAAAAAUUGAAGUGUUUUGUGGCAGAUGUGUGAAUGAGAGAGAGAGAGAGAGAGAUGAUAAACAAUAGAGAAACAAAACAUACGGCAAAACUUGGAUAUAAGGAACAAUUUUGAUCACUUGUAUAUUCAACAACUCUAUCUCUGUCCAUCAUUGCAAGGUUUGUCCAAUUAAAAAGCUCAAUUAUUCACUCAGACACACACAAGUUCACUCAGGUCUUUCAUUAAACCCUUCAGUGUUAUGACGCAUUUUCAUAAUCAUUCUAGUUACUAUAUUUGGUGACUAUACAGCUCUAGAAACUUAACGUGGGGCUUAAAAUAGUGAAGACCCUGGCCAUUAAUCUUUUGACGUCCAUAGACCCUUCGGAAUGUCAGUAAAAUUGUCAAAUCACACCCAAUCCGAAGGUAAAAAUGCAUCCAAGUACUGAAGGAGUUAAUCUGUUGCAUUUAGGUUUCUGUUUGUCAUCCUUUGUUCUCUCACCAAUACUGUUUUCCAAGCCUACAGAGAUGAUCAGGCUGGUUAUAAAUGGCUGUUUUUUUCCCCUUGGUAUUUAAGAUUCUAGUUCAGGGAUUCUCAACCUGGGGAUCUGCAAACUCCCAGUGGUUCAUAAGAUUCCCCUGGGUACUUAGGUGGCUGAUUUAAUAAUAUUCUUUGUAGCACCAUUGCAUAUUGAGUCAGUGUCGGUUACUAAUUAACAUUCUGCUCGAUGUUAGAUUAUUGGGGGUUCAGGUAGAUGGUCUUAUAACUCAGGGUUCUUAUAGAGAGAAAGGUUGAGAACACCUGAUCUCGUUAGACUAUUGCUGAAGUCAUGAAAAUGUCCUUAAAAAUGCUAAUGAUUUCCACUGGAGCCUCUUAAAUUAUCACAUGUAUCUUGAAACCCAAAAACUUCUUGUACUGCCCAUUAGACCAUAGAAUCAUCAAAACACACUUUAAAAACCCCAAUAACUUCCACUACUGCCCAUUAAAUCCUUACUGAAACUGAAAAUAUCCUCAAAAACCCAAAUAACUUCCACUACAGCCGAUUAAACUAAAGAAUCCUAAAAACGCCCUUUAAAACCGACACAACUUCCACUACUGUUUAUUAAAUUAUGACUGGAACCAUGAAAACACCCUUAAAAACCCC